GGCUUCACCACUCUUCUCUUCUGUCGUCCUCGAUAGGCUUUUGACUGCUUUUUCGAACUCAUAGUGAAACUUUCUGCUUCUUUCUGGAUGUCGUCCUUUCGGAAGGCCAUUGCUGUCGAACACUCUGGUAGGAGAACCAUCGAGGGAGAAGAGGUAUACGUCGGAAACGCAGAUCCUUUGUGGACAGUCUCUGCAGUCCCACACGGCGGAUAUGUUCUUGCCCUGAUAGUGGAGGCAUGUCUACAUCACCAGAAGUCUACCCGGCAUCCUGAUCCGUUUCAUCUCACGGCACACUUUCUACGUGCAACAUCGGUUGGACCAUUCGAAGUGCGCAUCCACACUAUUCGAUCAGGGAGAGGAAUGUCGAAUGUUCAUGCGGACCUCGUGCAAGAUGAGCAAGUUCGCGUCACGAUGCACGCCAUCUUCGGAUCUCUUUCUUCUUCGACUACGAAUGACGCCACCGCCACAGACUCUCACGCUUUAGGCACCUCAAAUACAGUGAAAUCGCUCACACUUGUACCACCACACCCUCUCGCCCGUGUUACACCCUUCGAGACGCACCCGUCAACACUAGGCACAACCCCUUUGAGAAGUAGGCUGAACUUCAGAAAUCAACUCUCCGGCGCAUCUCUUCCUGACGUCCUUCGUCAAACUGCUGGACCUGUUGAGACCGGCAGAUGGUACACUUUCAAUGACCCACACGACCAUCUUUCACCUAGCGCUAUAGCCUUUUUCGCCGACCUCUUUGGAUCAAACCUGGUUGGCAAAGCUUUUCCUGACCUUCCUACGAGUUGGUUCCCAACCGUCACGCUAUCCAUCCAAUUCUACGCCCCUGUACCUCGCAUCACGGACACAUCCGCUCUCAGCCCAAGUUCGGAUAGGAGUGUUGGUGUAUGGUCGAGCGGAAGAUUCGUUCAGGAUCCCCAGGGACGGCAUGAUGUCUAUGUCGAGGUAUGGACGGCGCCAGGAGACAUUGGGGCCGCGGUGGGACCAGAUGGCACCAUCCACAAAGGAGCAGUCAAGGAAGGAUGGAGGCAGGAGCAGAGAUGUUUGGCGAUUGCCCACCAGAUGGCCUUGGUGCUCCCUAUGGAGGUAAACACGAGGAAGGGGAACAAAGGAGCGAGUAAACUAUGAAGCAAGGUCGAGAAGGACGUUAAGUUUGUUUGGGAUCAUCUUGUGAUCCUUGAUACGCUUUUCUAGAACUGUAAUAGAUACAUCUCUAAAUAUGUGCAAACGCCGUUCG